AUGAUCACCGCUGAUGAAGAUGAGCCUCUUCACGUCCUCGAUCUGCCGCAAUUAUAUACGAAGCCAACAGCCAUAGAAAUUCUAAAAGCACUUGAUCAUUUAGCUAUCCAGCCAAAGAGCUUUGGGUUUGGCGCGCGUGAUGUGGCUAGGCGAAAAAUUAAUUCUUCCGGUGUUACCGAGUACCUUACGACCAUUGUAUCCAGUUCUCUGGCCUGGUUAGACUCUGAUGACUUGCGAGAACAAAUAUGGGAUGUUGCUGCCGCAAGGCUAAGUGAGCGCGCAGGCCGAACAGCUAUGCCUGCUUUGACAAGACUGUUCCAUAUUCCCACUUCAUCCGGAGAAGAACUAGCUCUCACAUUACACGAACCCUCGCUCACUUCGGACAAUCUUGGGAUGAAAACUUGGCUAUCAUCAUAUUUACUCUCACGUCGUUUGGAUUCAAUAUUUGAGUCAGUACCCGAGCUUGUACGGUCAGAAUCAUCAACAUCAUCAACAAGCACCAGACUCAGAGCUUUGGAGUUGGGGUCAGGAACAGGACUCGUCGGUUUAUCUUUUGCUGCCCUGCGAGAAGCGUCCGCUUCAAUUCACCUGACCGACUUGCCCGCCAUUGUUCCCAACCUAACGCAGAAUGUCGAAUUGAAUUUCGAUCUACUACAAAAGACCAAUGCGGAAGUUACAACAGGGAUUCUGGAUUGGUCUAUUCAUCCAACCCCGAACCCAACGAAAGACGAGCUUUACGAUGUCAUUCUCGCCGCUGAUCCACUAUAUUCUCCUGAUCAUCCUAAGUGGCUCGUUCAAACAAUCAACACAUGGAUAAGCAAAGGACUCGAUGCGCGUGUAGUAGUUGAGUUGCCACUACGAGACGCAUAUGCACCCCAAGUCGAUGAAUUUAGGCAAAGGAUGCAGGACAUCGGUCUAGCCAUUGUCGAACAGGGUAAUGAAACAGGCUAUGAUGACUGGGAAGAUGCUGAUGGGCAGUCGAUGGAAGUUCAUUGUUGGUGGUCAGUUUGGGGAUGGAGCGAGAAGUUUUGA